AUGUCAAGUGUCGAAGUUCAAAGUGAUGCCAAUGGACAAGUAUAUUCGAUUGGAACAAUGACUAUGCCGACCACUGCUUAUACAACUCCUAUUCCUACAUUUGGAAACGACAUACGACUGAUUUCGGCGGUGAUGACCCCAAGCCCUGAUUCUGUGAACGGGGAUGUAUUUCUAUUACUGCUUCGGUACGCUGCACAAACGUUUCAUUUAUUUGACAUGAAUCACCUUGCAUUCAAAUGGCAAGACCAUCAAGGCGACUGGAUUGUUGUUUCAAACGAAAAAGAUCUUUACGAAUGUGUCAAGUGGCAGUCUCAGCAUCGUGAUGAUUACAGCAUCGAUAUCUCUGAUUUCUGUCCAAAAUUGGUUCUUGUCUUUACUAAUCCUGUACAGCAUGUGAUUCAGAUCCAAAGCAACAUGGUAGUUAUGCACGACAUGCUCUUGAUGACUUCACAGCACAUUUCGUUACAGGACAGCCAUUCUAGCAAAACUGUUUUUGAUGCAAUCUGCAAACUUGUGAGCAAUGGUUGUCAGCAUCCAACUAGCGUUACCACUGCAACGCAAUACGAUGUUCACAAUACGAAUAUCGAGGAUGAUAUGCACAUAUGUUUACAGACUCUUUGCGACGAGAAAGAACGCACAACCGAGCAAGGUGUAUCGACGAUUCCAUCCUACGGUAUAAAGCAGACUCUGAAGCAGCAAAAAGAUGACUGCAUUUUGGAACAGCUGAAUAUAGACGUGGGCCAAACAUACUCGCCAAUAGACUUUUCAGUCGCGAAUGAUUUGAUGCAUCUUCUUGAAUGUGUUUAUGAGCUAGAGAGCAUGUUUGACGUAUAUUCGACGCCUGCCAUUCUUAUUCAUGGCAUACAAGACACACUUGACGUAAAAAUCCCACAAGUGGAUAAUAGGUCCAUGGCUGCUGUCAUUACGCAUUCUAUUAUGGAUAGUGCGAAUGUAUGGGGAAGUGUAGAUGAUGAUAUUUUGAAUAGUAUGAAAAAUACUCCCGUAUCUUUGUUUGAUGAUGACUUUGCUAUCGAUGACUUUGUGAUUGUGGAUUUUACAGCUGGUGCCAAUGUCGAUGAGAGCAGGAGAGAGAAAUAA